UUUAUCGAGAUUUUUCAUUUUUCUCUUCAGACAAAUUAAACUAGUCUCUUUUUAAAAAAAUUAAAAUUGUUUUAAAUAGAAACUUAUCGUUUCAAUUUUAUUUCCAUAGUUUCUUAGUCUAAAAGAAACAAAAAACAUAUGUAGCUGUUAGUAAAAGAAUAUAAAAAUGAAAUCCGAAACUGAUUUAAAAGCAGUAGCAGAUGCUAAAAAAAAUGAAAACUCUUAUGAUAGCAAGAAAGCACAUAAGGUUUUACCAUACGUAGCUUCUUCCAAAUCAGUGUAUUCUAACCCUUUAAAGUAUUAUGAAAGUCAAGUUUUUGCCAAAGAAAUCGUUCCAAAAGUCCACGCGCAAAAUCAAUUUUCAUUUUUGUUAUCCUUACAAAAAGAAAUUGAUCAGGAAGAAACCCACUCUGACGCUAUCUCAUCAAAAAAAGAUGAACGGUUAUCUAUUGAUGUCAAUGAAAUUCCUAUAGAUGAUAUGUUAUUGGACGAACAUAACUUAGGAGAUGAUAGUAAAUACGAUUCUUUGUUUCCAGAGUCUAUGGAUCAAAUACAUAAUAAUUUUAAAUUCGAAAGAACCUUGAGAGAUGAAAAACACCAUGAUGAUAACCCAACUCACUCGGACAGUUCCAACACAAUUUUACAAGAAUCUUUAGCAGAUAAAGAUUAUAAAUUUGAACCAUUACUGGAGGAUGCUGUUGUUCAACCUUCAAGAUUUUUUGUUUGUUUUCCAUGUAUUGUCUAGAUUUUGUUAAAAUUUCUUUAACAAAAAAAAAGAAAAUAUUAAAAAAAAAAAUUUGUUUAAUAAUUUUAAACUAUUUUUUUAGUGCAAUAUAUUAAGUUAUUCCAUAGUAUAAUUUUUUUUUUCUUAAUAAUUAAAUUUGGGUUACACUAGUAAUUUUCAUUUUUUAUUUUCUAUUAAUUAAAAAUUAAAAAAAAAAAUUG